UUUGGAUUAUUUUAAUGGGCCACAAAAACAAAUUGGGGCACAAUACAAAACACACAAUUAUGGGGGAUUGGAAAGGAAAAGAGAGGUUAUCUAGUCAAACAACAGCUUCUUCUGUUCUUCUCCAUCUUCUGUCCUCGGCGCACAUCAUUUCCCCAUCUCUGGUAAACACUCUGGAAACCACCGCCUCCUCCUCCUCCACUUGCAGCUGCACCACCCAUAUAGACAGACCCCGCGCCACCAGCAGACUGCGCACCAGUGCCACAACCUAUUUGUGGACCGCCACCAGCAGACUGCGCACCAGUGCCACAACCUAUUUGAGGACCACCAAGAUUUGA